AGUACGUGCGUUUUGUUCGCAUUUCAUAUAUAGUAAAGUGAGAAAUUCCCAACAAAACGAUCCGCAGUGGCCAGAUUUUUGUAUUUAAAAAUUGGUACAACUGAAAGAAGAUCUGUCAAAAUAAUAAUAAAAAAAAAACACACAAAUAAGAAGAAAGUUUUGUGAAAAUCAAAAGUCAAAAUUAACUUAACAAGAAAAACUAACUAAAACUAAUAAAAUGGAUAAUUUUCAAGAAGAAAUGCUUUUGCGUGAAUUGAUCGAGUCCAGUGCCAGCGGGAAUGAGUCUGAAGAAGAAAUGCUUUUGCGUGAAUUGAUCGAGUUCAGUGCCAGCGGGAAUGAGUUCAUACUAGGAAUGUUUUUUGAAGAGCAUACUAGUCUCGAAGACUCAACAGAAGACAAAAAACAUGCCACUGUAGAUUCCUUUAUAAUGACCAUUGAGUCUUUCAGUGAAGAAGAUUUCAAAUCCCACUUCAGAUUGCGGCGUUCAACAAUAGAGCGUCUGAUAAGUAAGCUUUGCUAUUCUUUAUUCCAUUGA